AUGGAUCCCAUCGCACCUCACAGCGCCUCCAUUUCGGCUUACAUGAGUGUUCACAAAGCCACGAACCUCGCCUAUGCAAAGCACUUUGGAAGCCUCGAUACGGUUUCUUCAGCCAACUUUGAAAGCCUGAAUGCUCGUGGGUUUACGUUAUCUUAUGUACUUGAGAAUGGUGAACAAGGCGAGACGUUUAUUGAAUUCGCAACACCCUUGACGAGACGUGAAGAGAUUCGACCUGUAUUGGAAGGCAUGGCUCGUGAAGCAGAGCAAGCAUUAGGAUGGCCUAGUUCUCUUGAUGGUCCACCACCCGUUGCAGCUAUUGCCAAAGCAGCUUAUGCAGGUGCUACCAACAUGUACACUCCUCCAGAUCCACCCGUCCCUCUCGAUGUUUUCUAUCCAGUGGCAUUACGUGAUGCUAUCGGUGUCAUUAUCGUCUUUCUUCUUCCAACACUUGGGCUCAGAAAUCCACGCUUCGAAUCCAUCUCACGUACUGUUCUAAAGGUGCUCUUUAUCGCCCAUGGUAUCGAAGGAACGCUCGCCUUGUUGACAUGUAUCGGACGUGGCUGGUACAGCCCUAUCAAUGUGAUCAAGUGGACCCUCAGCACAACCAUUUUCGGAUUUAGAUCUCUUGGCUUGUUGAGCAAACAUGGACGUCAAGUACGCGGUGUAUAG